UUUUUUAUCCUGAUGUUUUACACAGCUGAGAGAGGACGUAGUGAAAACGAAUUGAACAGCCAGUCUCUACUGAUCGGGCGGAGUGACACCGCUUCUUUUGUUCCAUAUCCGGUUGAUGCUAAACUUAAUUCAAAUAUACCUAAACAAUGCCUUUACAAAAAUGUUCAGAAAUUGAAGUCUCGUAUGGGAUGAAUGGGAUGGUGAUGGACUAUUGCGGCUCCUAUCUGAAGAGGAAGAGGCACUACAGUGAGCAGUCCUCCCUAGGCUGCAGUCUAGAGUACACAGACCUGGAGGCUGCAGAGGCUCUGGUCUGCAUGAGCUCUUGGGGCCAACACCGCCCCAACCCCUGCAAACCCAGACCCCUUACCCCCGCCUCGGACUCCUGCGACUCCCUUUUGCCUCCGGACCCACCGGAGACCCCCAAAGACUUUGUCUCGCUCUCCUCCCUGUGUAUGACACCUCCUCACAGCCCCAGCUUUGCUGAAACCCCCACCAGCGCUGCCAUCCACACAAGCACCUCUCCUCUGAGCCGGCCCAGCUCCAGCCUUUCUGUAAGGGUCUGUGGGGUCCCACGACCGCCCAUGGCCUCUAUUGCAGAGUCCCCAACCACUGGAAAGACCCCACCACCGGCACCCUGCCGAGCAAUGGUAACCAGCGUCAUCCGCCACACCGCAGACACACAGCCCUGCGAGCAAAUUCCAGCACACCCCACCGAGCAACAGAGGAUCUCAGAGCUGGUGGUCCAUCAACAGCACACAGUAAAGACUGAACAGAGCAGCAAACCUCCCUUCACACCCAACCUCGCCCUCAUCUCUUCCUGUAGGGAACAGCCAGUCAAGACUGAGAAGGAAGAGCCAAAGGCUAUCCACUGUAAGGAGAGCCCCUCCCCUCCUCCCGCUAACACCCAAUCACAAAACAGCCUGCCCACACGCCUCUCCCCGCCCCCCACCUCCAUUCCUCCAAUCAUCUGCCAGAUGUUCCCGGUGACCAGCCAAUCAGGGAUGAUCUCAGCGUUCAUCCAGGGCCCGAUGCAGACAUCCAGGACCCCCACAUCCAUCCUGCCCCAGUCUGGCCCUCUAGGGGCCCUCCAGCAGCCCUUCCUCAUGGGCCAAGCUAUGCCCCAGGGCACGGUGAUGCUGGUUCUCCCCCAGUCCCACAUGUCUCAGGCACCCCACUGCUCCCCACAGACUGUCAUGACCCUGGGCCACACCAAGCUGCUACCUCUGGCCCCCGCCCCGGUCUACGUGCCCGCCGGACCCUGCAGCGCCACGAAGAUGGACUUCUCCCGCCGGAGGAACUACGUGUGCAACUUCCCCGGCUGCAGGAAGACUUACUUCAAGAGCUCCCACCUCAAGGCACACCUCCGAACACACACAGGUGAGAAGCCCUUCAGUUGCAGUUGGGAGGGCUGCGACAAGAAGUUUGCGCGCUCCGACGAGCUCUCGCGUCAUCGGCGGACCCACACGGGCGAGAAGAAGUUUGUGUGUCCCGUGUGCGAACGGCGCUUUAUGCGUAGCGACCACCUGACCAAACAUGCCCGCCGUCAUAUGACCAGCAAGAAGACCCCCUCCUGGCAGGCUGAGGUGCGCAGCCCCAACAAAAUGUCCUCUCCCAAGCCUCUGCCGUCAAACCCUGCCUCACUCUCCCUCAGUAUGCUGGUACCUGCCUUAAACUAGACUCUGCCCAACACUACCCACUAGUGACUUCUUACCCAAAAAAACCAUGACAUGGAUAGGGGGGGCAGCCAAGCACACAAGGCUGCCAUUUUACUCAUGGAGAAUGUCUGAAGACAUGCACUGGACUCUGUAUUUUUUUUCUUUUACUGCUCAUUUGUACAUUUUUGUUUUGCAGAAGGCAUUGUUUUGUUUACUUUUCAGAUAUUUUACACAAUUGUAUGUAUGUAUGCACUCUUUUGCCAAAGCCUUUGUAAUGAAGUUUGUCUUUUACAUUUCACCUGUCUUCUUUGUAUGUAUAUUUGUACAUAAUAUCUAUGUGAUUGUGUUGUAUUUCAAACUACAUUUGUUAAUUUGGGAAAAUGACUUAAUUGUGUAAAAAAAUCUAUGUGGAUAGUAAUCUAUACUGUGAUAAUUACUUACUGACUUUUCAUAUUAUUUAAUACACAUUUGUAAUAAAGACAUAUUAUUAACUGGUGUGUUUUUAGCAAAUGUUCAUUUGACCUUAGAUGGUCCUUUUAGAAGAAAUCAGAACAGCCCUCUAGUUAGUCAGCAUUCCUUUCCAGUCACUCCCCCAGUUAUAUGGUAGAGGAAUAGAGUGGUGUCUUGCCACAUCCUAUGUGAGUCAGUCAGCUGAAACACUUCCUGUUCAAUAUGCUGACUGAUCACAGCUCUGGACUGGACCACAUCCUGUUGGUUUAGUGGAACAGGCCAAAGGACUUUUUGUCCCAUUCAGCAGCUCUAAUCCAAACUAUGCUAUGUAUAGGCACUCAUAUCCUUGCCUCUGUACUUAUAAGCCUGGCCGACUGGUGUAUGCCCUGUGAUACAGGACCUGAGCCCUAGGACCAUGCCUCAGGACUACCUGGCAUGAUGACUCCUUGCUGUUCCCAGUUCACCUGGCCGUACUGCUGCCCUAGUUUCAACUGUUCUGCCUGCGACUAUGGAAUCCUGACCUGUUCACCGGACGUGCUACCUGUCCCAGACCUGCUGUUUUCAACUCUCUAGAGACAGCAGGAGUGGUAGAGAUACUCUUAAUGAUCGGCUAUGAAAAGCCAACUGACAUUUACUCCUGAGGUGCUGACUUGCUGCACCCUCGACAACUACUGUGAUUAUUAUUAUUUGACCAUGCUGGUCAUUUAUGAACAUUUGAACAUCUUGGCCAUGUUCUGUUAUAAUCUCCACCCGGCAUACCCAGAAGAGGACUGGCCACCCCUCAUAGCCUGGUUCCUCUCUAGGUUUCUUCCUAGGUUUUGGCCUUUCUAGGGAGUUUUUCCUAGCCACUGUGCUUCUACACCUGCAUUGCUUGCUGUUUGGGGUUUUAGGCUGGGUUUCUGUACAGCACUUUGAGAUAUCAGCUGAUGUACGAAGGGCUAUAUAAAUACAUUUGAUUUGAUUUUGAUUUGAUUUGAACCCAGACGACCCUGGGCUAAUUGUGCGCCGGGACUCCUAAUCACAGCCGGUUGUGAUACAGCCUGGAAUCAAACCAGGGUCUGUAGUGACGCCUCUAGCACUAAGAUGCAGUGCCUUUAGACCGCUGUGCCACUCGGGAGCUUUUCACUUUUUUCCGCAUUGAGGAACCAUCUCCAAAAUUCCAUUGAACUUUUCUAGACUCUCUUCAGCAGACAGAGACGGCAAAGAAACGUUUAAAUGAUUGUGAAGGUAACUUUGUUCACAAGCUGUGGUCUUUGUAUAAUUGUGCUAUGCCAUGCUUGUUGAUUAUUUCUGUGCUUUCAAGACAACUGGGAACUAUGGGAAAAAAUGAGAUCAAAUCAGGACAUCGGUGAUGUUCAGGUCGGAAAGUCGGAGCUCUAGAAAGAUGCAUUUAUCCUGAUCUGGUAUUAAUUUGUUAUUAAUUUGUUAUUGGGAUCGAUAGAGAUAUGGUAUUCUACCUACAAAAAAUCUCCUGUUGAUUAUUUAUUGGUGUAAUGCAUAGAUAGAUCAGCAGACAUCUGCCGUUUUAAAGAUGUAAGAAGUGGAACCUUGUGUAUUAACAUUUACAUUGAUUAUGCUGCUUGGUUGUACAAAAGAAUGACAUGGUAAAAUGAUAAGCUAGCUCAUAAACUGAGUUAUGUUA